AAGGCUUCUUGUUUUGCUUGGCUUGCAGGAAGUUUGGGAAGUUUUCAGUUCUUCGUCGUUCUUAUUCGCCAUUUUUACAAACAUGAGUAAUGUUGUGCGAAUACAGCCGUUGCAGUACGUCCACGUACAGGAUCUGAAUACCAACAUCACCGUGCUGGAGGUUGGCCCAAAAUGCAUGAUACUACAGGAUAAUUAUGUAUUGGUGAAAGGUCCUUUGCCGUUCAUCGUGGUACCCCCUGGGCAUUACUGCGUUAUUGAAAACCCUGCCACUGAUACCCAUGAACCAGGCAAGCUGAGCAAUCUACGCCAUGGUUAUAGAGAAAUGAGGUUCCAUAAGGAGCCCUUUCCACUUUAUCCUGGAGAGAUUCUUGUUGGAGUGACUGAUGAAAAAGACUAUUAUAAAGCCAUCAAGAAAGUUCCUGUCAUAGCACCAGACCAAGGACUAAGGCUAUGUGCCACUGUGGAUCACAUAGAUGGGGAGGUGCAGCGAGUAGCAGGAGAAAUGUGGCAACUUGAAGGCCCACUCACCUACCAUCCAACUCCAUAUGCAGAAGUGACAUCAACCAUCAAAGCCAGCAUUAUCCACCCUGGGGAGGCAAUAAGGCUCAAAGCAAAGCAAGAUCUAAUAGACAAACAUGGAAAGAAACGAGUUACUGGUGAGGAGUGGCUGGUGCGGGAGCCAGGUGCUUAUUUGCCAGGAAUCUUUGAACAGGUCAAAGGUGUCCAGGGAGCCUACACACUUACUCUCGAAAAUGCCUUGCAUAUGAUGGCCAAGGAAACAUGUACUGAUGGCCUCGGGAAGAAAAGAAAUGCUGGUGAUGAGUGGCUUGUCACCAUAGAUGAUACUGAAUCUUAUAUCCCAGAGGUUUCCGAGCACUUAGUUAAGCAAGUCAGCAAGACAAUCCUGAAGAAAAGCCAGUUUUGUGUGGUCUUAGAUCCAGUCAACAGCAAAGGGAAAAAUCAGCUGGGCAAAAAAGAGCUGCGUAAGGGGGUCAUUUCCUUCUUCUUGCAUCCAGGCGAGUCUCUCGAAGCGGGGGUACAGACCGCCCACAUCCUUGAAGCCGAUGAGUCGCUUGUCCUGUCAGCUGUCAACAAGUUUAAGGACAAUUCUUAUCCUAAAGAACCGGUUACCCGUCUUCCUGGUGAUCGAUGGAUGAUUCUCGGCCCCAUGGAUUACGUACCUCCAAUCGAGGUCAAGAUUAUCGCCAGGAGGAAAGCGAUUCCCUUGAAUGAAAAUGAAGGCGUAUAUGUGCGAGAUACACAAAGUGGAGCUGUACGCGCCGUUAUGGGUCCUCAGUCAUAUCUCCUCAACACAUUUGAGGAGCUCUGGGAGAAGGAACUCCCCGAUGACAUGGAAAAAAUUCUCAGACAAGGUGGGGGCUUUGGCUCUGAGGAUAUCCGCAAGUUGGCUUACUUUGAGUCAUCAAUCGAUCCUGCCCUCGCCAAACAUGGUGGUCGUGAUAAGACUCGUGUCGUAGUCUAUAGGUGUCCUGGAAACACAGCUGUUCAGGUAUACGACUAUCGCAGGAAAUCAGCUCGAUUCAUAUUUGGACCAGAUUUGGCGGUGCUUGGACCCCACGAGAGUUUUAAUGUGCUGAGCCUUAGCGCCGGUAAGCCUAAACGUCCAAACGCCCUAAAGACAAUCUGCCUGAUGCUAGGACCUGAUUACAUCACAGACUUGUUGGAGGUGGAGACCACGGACCAUGCAAGACUUCUGAUCAAGAUAGCCAUGAACAAUUAUUUCGACGUUGAUCCGUCUGAUCCAGAAGCAGUGAAGGACAUGUUUUCAGUACCAGACUUUAUUGGAUUCGUCUGCAAGAAUAUUGCGAGUCGCAUCCGCGCUAAUGUCGCGCAGGUGACGUUUGACGAGUUCCAUCGCUACUCAGCCAAGAUCAUCAGGAAGGCGGUGUUUGGAGUGGAUGAGAAAGGAAAUGUCAGGAACAGACUGCGAUUUGACGAUAAUCGAUUGGUGGUGACUAACAUAGAUAUCCAGAGCAUCGAGCCUGUUGACCUGAAUAUGCGCGACAGCCUCAGCAAGUCUGUGCAGAUGGCCAUUGAGAUCUCCACAAAAUCUAUUGAGAUGGCUGCUGCACAGGAAGCCAAAAGAACGGAACAAGCUGCCCGAGGACAAUUAGAACGACAAAAACUCACCAACGAAAAGGAUGCUGAGGCUGCCCGUAAGAACCUUUAUGAGCUCCAGGCAAUAACAGCAGCUGUAGAGUCGUCAGGGCAGACGAAAGCUGAGUCCAAGGCAAAGGCGGAAAAACUCUUGAUCGAAGGUCAAAGUGCGAUAGAAUUGGCCAGGCUGAAGGCAGAAGCGGCGCAGAUAGAACUACAAGCGGAGUUGGAAUCAAGAAAGAUAAAACGCGAAGGGGAGCUCGACUUCCUUAAGAAGAAAAACGAACAGGAAAUACAGCGUGCCAAAGAACUGGCGGCCGUGGAGGUCGCCAAGUUCUCAGCCAAGGUGAAAUCAAUCAAGCCAAAAACAAUCAGCAACAUCGCUAAGUCAGGACCGCGCUCGAAGGCGGAGUUGCUCCAGUCACUUGGAAUAGAACAAGCUCUCAUUACGGAUGGCAAGACACCACUGAACUUGUUCCAAUCAGGUGGACAGAUAAGUACAACAGUGUUACGCGGUGCGCCUUAAGAACAAAGUAUACGGACGCUAAACAAACCCUAGAAUAGCAAGCACAUUAUCAGUUAACGAAAUCGCGAAUGCCAAACAAUCGAAAGACAUUUAGCAGUUGUACAUUAUUUACUUCGAUGACGUAUGGAGAGGCCAAAUCUCUCGAAAUCAGAAUUCAAUUUUGCGCAUGUGAACCUCCGUGCAAACGCUAAAUUAGCCAGUGCUGCUGGCACAGCAAUGUUAAAUUAGCCAGUACUGCUGGCCUAGCAAUGUUAAACUAGCCAGUACUGAUGGCCUAGCAAUGUUAAACUAGCCAGUACUGAUGGCCUAGCAAUGUUAAACUAGCCAGUACUGAUGGCCUAGCAAUGUUAAACUAGCCAGUACUGAUGGCCAAGCAAUGUAAGAUUAGCCAGUACUGCUGGCCUAGCAAUGUUAGAUUUGCCAGUACUGCUGGCCUAGCAAUGUUAAAUUAGCCAGUACUGCUGGCCUAGCAAUGUUAAAUUAGCCAGUACUGCUGGCCCAGCAAUGUUAAAUUAGCCAGUACUGCUGGCCCAGCAAUGUUAAAUUAGCCAGUACUGCUGGCCUAGCAAUGUUAGAUUAGCCAGUACUGCUGGCCUAGCAAUGUUAAAUUAGCCAGUACUGCUGGUCCAGCAAUGUUAGAUUAGCCAGUACUGCUGGCCAAGCAAUGUUAAAUAAGCCAGUACUGCUGGCCUAGCAAUGUUAAAUUAGCCAGUACUGCUGGCCCAGCAAUGUUAAAUUAGCCAGAACUGCUGGCCCAGCAAUGUUAGAUUAGCCAGUACUGCUGGCCCAGCAAUGUUAAACUAUCCAGUACUGCUGGCCUAGCAAUGUUAGAUUAGCCAGUACUGCUGGCCCAGCAAUGUUAGAUUAGCCAGAACUGCUGGCCCAGCAAUGUUAGAUUAGCCAGUACUGCUGGCCUAGCAAUGUUAAAUUAGCCAGUACUGCUGGCCUAGCAAUGUUAGAUUAGCCAGUACUGCUGGCCUAGCAAUGUUAAACUAUCCAGUACUGCUGGUCCAGCAAUGUUAGAUUAGCCAGAACUGCUGGCACAGCAAUGUUAAAUUAGCCAGUACUGCUGGCCUAGCAAUGUUAAAUUAGCCAGUACUGCUGGCCUAGCAAUGUUAAAUUAGCCAGUACUGCUGGCCUAGCAAUGUUAAAUUUGCCAGUACUGAUGGCCCAGCAAUGUUAAACUAGCCAGUAAUGCUGGCCUAGCAAUGUUAAAUUUGCCAGUACUGCUGGCCUAGCAAUGUUAAAUUAGCCAGAACUGCUGGCACAGCAAUGUUAAAUUAGCCAGUACUGCUGGCCUAGCAAUGUUAAAUUAGCCAGUACUGCUGGCCUAGCAAUGUUAAAUUAGCCAGUACUGCUGGCCCAGCAAUGUUAGAUUAGCCAGUACUGCUGGCCCAGCAAUGUUAAAUUUGCCAGUACUGCUGGCCUAGCAAUGUUAAAUUAGCCAGUACUGCUGGCCUAGCAAUGUUAAAUUAGCCAGUACUGUUGGCCUAGCAAUGUUAAAUUAGCCAUUACUGCUGGCCUAGCAAUGUUAAACUAGCCAGUACUGCUGGCCCAGCAAUGUUAGAUUAGCCAGUACUGCUGGCCUAGCAAUGUUAGAUUAGCCAGUACCGCUGGCACAGCAAUGCUGGCCCUGUUUCUACGCCAUUUUGAAAGGCAGCUGUGGAAAGGCAGCUGUGGAGUUAUUGGUCUACAUGCCUUGUAUCUUGUGGACCGAGCGUAGCUAAUUAAGCGAAACUGGUCGACGUUGACGCUGUUUGCACGAGUUUGAGCAUAUCGUAUAGAUGCACUUCAACAAGAAAUUCAUAGAAAGGUAGCUUCUAAUCACCUCUACAAAUCUGAAUGAAUUAGAUAAAUUAAGAAAUUUUCUCUUCUGAGGCAUGGUCCCCAAGAGGUGUAUAAAAUAAUAUCUGUCAAUAAGCAUUCAAUGCUGUUAUCAUGCAUUAUCAUCAUUUUUCUAAUAAGAAAAAGUAAUAAAACCCGAUAACUCAG